GAGCAAGUUGCUCCAGUUGUUCCCGAGCAGGAGAGUUUGAAAGGGUGCCCCAAAGGACAAUCUCAAGAGUUGAGAAGCCUGUUUCGACUUGAAGACACCCGAAUCAGGUGAAUGGAGAGCCAGCUACCGCAAUGAAAGUCCCUCAGAACUAAAGAAUGGGGCUCAACUUGACACUUGCAAAAUUACCAGAUAAUGAGCUGCACGGUCCAGGGAAUCACACCCCGAGUAACACAAGCGAUGGACCCGGAAAGAACACCACCAUUAACAACGAAUUUGACACUGUCAUCUUGCCUGGGCUUUACCUCGUUAUAUUUGUGGCAAGCAUCUUGCUGAAUGGUCUAGCAGUGUGGAUCUUCUUCCACAUUAGGAAUAAAACCAGCUUCAUAUUUUAUCUCAAGAACAUAGUGGUUGCUGACCUCAUAAUGACGCUGACAUUUCCAUUUCGAAUAGUCCACGAUGCAGGAUUUGGACCUUGGUACUUCAAGUUUAUCCUCUGCAGAUACACUUCGGUUUUAUUUUACGCCAACAUGUACACUUCCAUCGUGUUUCUUGGGCUGAUAAGCAUUGAUCGCUACCUGAAGGUGGUAAAGCCAUUUGGCGACUCUCGCAUGUACAGCAUAACCUUUACAAAGAUUUUAUCUCUUGGUGUCUGGGUGUUCAUGGCUGUUCUGUCCUUGCCAAACAUCAUUCUAACAAAUGGUCAACCAACUAGGGAAAAUAUUCAUGAGUGCAUGAAACUUAAGAGUCCUUUGGGAGUGAAAUGGCAUAAGGCCAUCAUUUAUGUCAAUAGCUGCUUGUUUGUGGUUGUGCUGGUGAUGCUGAUAGGAUGUUACAUAGCCAUAUCCAGGUACAUCCACAAAUCCAGCAGGCAAUUCAUAAGCCAGUCAAGCCGAAAGCGAAAACAUAACCAGAGCAUUAGAGUGGUCGUGGCUGUGUUUUUCACCUGUUUUCUACCCUAUCACUUGUGCAGGAUUCCUUUUACUUUUAGUCACUUGGACAGACUUUUAGAUGAAUCGGCACACAAAAUCCUAUAUUACGCCAAAGAAAUGACACUUUUCUUGUCUGCAUGCAACGUGUGCCUGGAUCCAAUAAUUUACUUUUUUAUGUGUCGCUCAUUUUCAAGAAGACUGUUCAAGAAAUCAAAUAUCAGAACAAGGAGUGAAAGCAUCCGAUCACUGCAAAGUGUCAGAAGAUCAGAGGUCCGCAUAUACUAUGAUUAUACUGAUGUGUAGGAGUUAAAGGCCACGAGGCCUUCUCUUGUUUGUUGAAGUCAAUAUGUACAAAGUGUAAAUAAAUUUGUCUUUUGAUUA